AACAAAAACACACCAACCAAACCAGCAGUUGCUUUAGGAACUGUGUUAAACGCGUAACGUUUGUUCGUCCGUUCGCUGGCUCGCUCGUUCCGUUCAUUUCAUUUUCGGAAUCUGUUGAAAUUCUAGUUUUGUUGUGUUAUUUUUUCGGUUGUUUUAACAGUGUUUUUUCAUUUGUCUUUUUUUCUUAAUUGUUGCUAUGAGUCAUAAAAGUUAAAAGUUUGUGUUGCAUCCACUUUGUUUGAAAACAAUUAAAACUGAUUUAAAUUGAAAUCAUUAGUGAAGGCAAAAAAGAUGGCGGAAUAUUUCGAGUUUACUGUUAAUCGAGCGUAUAACAACCGGACGCUGGCCGCCUCCUGUUAUCAUGACAACGAGAUGGUGAAACAAAAUCACAACUCGGUAAAAAAUCAUCAGUAUUUAUUGAGGAAAUUCAACGAUAUGGCAGCCUCAAGUUUAAAUCUGGCAUUGAAAGAGAAAUCCUUUUGCAGCGACGACUGUUUCCUCUCUCGUUUCUUGCACGCUCGAAAGUUUGAUUGUGACAGCGCCAUGGAGUUGUUAAUAAAAUAUUUACAAUAUAAACAAACAAAUGCUCAAAUAUUAAAAGAUAUCAAUAUAUUCGAUGAACAAAUUCAAUUGGCUCUGAGGGAUGGUAAUCCAGGGCUGUUGGAUCAACGGGAUCGUCGGGGACGUAAGGUGAUAACAUUUACCGCAGCAAAUUGGAAUACCAGCAAAUAUAGUUUAUUGGAUAUAUACAGAGCGUUGUUGUUGACACUGGAUAAACUACUCGAAGAUGUACAGAAUCAGGCCUUGGGAUUUGUGGUCAUCGUUGAUUGGACCAAUUUUACCUUCAAGCAAUCAUCACAUCUAACACCGAAAGUACUUAAAACCAUGAUAGAGGGAUUACAAGACUGCAUGCCCAUUAAAUUUAAGGGUAUCCAUUUCAUAGCCCAACCCUGGUAUGUGGAAUUGGCCUUGUCGGUCAUCAAACCAUUUCUCAAGGAGAAAAUCAAAGAACGUUUUUACAUACACGGCACGAAUCUGAACUCUUUACAUGAAUUAGUUUCUAAGGACAUUUUACCCUCAGAAUUGGGUGGUGAAACACCGAAUGUCAAUAAUUUAGAUUGGUAUCAUUAUCUAUUGGAUUCCAGUCAAUCGACAGCGGAAAAUAACACCACCAAGCCUUAUAGAAUAAUUAAGGAAAUUAUUUACUCAAAACCUAGCCUUAAGUUAGAUGAUAAGAACACAUUUACAGACAAUAAUUGCUCAAAUUUAGUAAAACUGAAAUCAUGAUACCAAAUUGAAGUUGAAAGAAA